AUGUGGGCAACCUGCUGCAACUGGUUCUGCUUGGAUGGACAGCCUGAGGAGGCCCCACCGGCCCAGGGAGCCAGGACGCAGGCCUAUUCCAACCCUGGGUACAGCUCCUUCCCUUCCCCAACAGGCUCGGAACCAAGCUGCAAGGCUUGCGGGGCCCACUUCGCAAACACGGCCAGGAAGCAGACCUGCCUGGACUGCAAGAAGAAUUUCUGCAUGACCUGUUCAAGCCAAGUGGGGAACGGCCCCCACCUCUGCCUCCUCUGCCAGCGGGUCCGAGCCACAGCCUUUCGGCGGGAGGAGCUCAUGAAGAUGAAGGUGAAGGACCUGAGGGACUAUCUCAGCCUCCAUGACAUCUCUACCGAAGUGUGCCGAGAGAAAGAGGAGCUGGUGCUCUUGGUGCUUGACCAGCAGGAGGGCAGGACUCGCGCCCCCCCCUUGUCCCCGGACUUCCCCGAGCAGCAGGCCUUCCUGGCCCAGCCUCAUGCCGGCACAGUACCUCCUACCUCGGCGAGCCUCCCCUCUUCACCCACACAAGCCACGUCUGUGUCCCCGGCCCCGGCUCAGGAAAGCCAGCAGGCCAAUGGCCAUGUGUCUCAGGACCAAGAGGAACCCGUCUACCUGGAGAGCACAGCCAGAGCACCUGCUGAGGAUGAGACCCAGUCUGUCGACUCAGAGGACGGCUUCGCCCCGGGCCGGCGGGCCUCUCUGUCUGACCUCACCGACUUGGAGGACAUUGAAGGUCUGACCGUGCGGCAGCUGAAAGAGAUCCUGGCGCGCAACUUCGUCAACUACAAGGGCUGCUGCGAGAAGUGGGAGCUGAUGGAGAGGGUGACGCGGCUGUACAAGGACCAGAAGGGGCUCCAGCACCUGGUGUGUGGUGCUGAAGACCAAAACGGCGGAGCGGUGCCGCCCAGCGUGGAGGAGAACCUGUGCAGGAUCUGCAUGGACUCGCCCAUUGACUGUGUCCUGCUGGAGUGCGGCCACAUGGUCACCUGCACCAAGUGCGGCAAGCGCAUGAACGAGUGUCCCAUCUGCCGGCAGUAUGUGAUCCGAGCCGUGCAUGUCUUCCGAUCCUGAGGGCUGUGCCGGCUUCUUCAGUGCCUUACAGGGACGGAGCUGGAAGGGUCUGGGCUCCAGAUUGGCCAGCUUGCAGAGGGGCAGGCUAACAAGAGAAUCUGCGAGCAAAGAUGCGGUCACCUCUGGGCGUGCCUGUCCUGCCUCGGCGGCGCACCUUUCGGCCGGCGGAGCCCGAGGCUGGUGGGAACUGGUACAGAUCGCGUGGGCAAGUUCCUGUUCCAGUGGUCUUGGGGUAAUGAUGGUAAUUGAUCAAGAGAGGACUUUUCCAGAACUUGGACCAGAUCUUCCCCCCUUCCCCCUGCACCCCGGCCAUCCCCGAGCCGCCUGUCUGAAUUCCAACUGUCAGAAGUCCUGGUAGAAAAGGUUCUCUUCC